CUCCCUCUCAUCGCUUCUCUCUUUUUUUUUUCUCUCUCUCUCUCUGUUUCAGACAUAACCAUUGAAGCCUUUCUUCAUUUCUCUCUGUUGAACGAGAAAUAUGGCAAACCGUCCACACGUCCCAAAGUUUGGGGACUGGAACAACCAAGACCAACCAUUCACGGUCGUCUUCGACAACGCGAGGACGAACAAAAGAGCGGACUUGUACGAAUCUUUAGAGAACUCAGAGAUCAAAACUCAAGCAAAAGCUCCUCCUCCUCCUCCUCAACCUGCUCCUAGAAAUCCAAGACCUGAACCACCAAGACCGGUUAGGGAGGGCACGCCAAGAGCGCCUCCUCCACCAUCCGAGAGAAACAAAGUCAGGGCUCCUCCGGCGGAUCAACUCUACGGAAGCGGAGGUAGAGGCGGAGGCAGAGACGGUGGAGGAGGAGGCGGACUAUACGGAGGUUAUGGAGGAGGACCAGGAAACCAGCGGCAGCCACAAACUCCUCCUCGUCCCGCGCAGCCUAAACCCAAUCUUAGAGGCGGCAGCAACGGAAGGGGAGGGACGACGAUUCCGCCAUUUCCAGGAUCAGUGGGGUCAGGGGAGAACGUGAGUUACACACACAUUUUCGACCAAGUCAAGGAAGAGAGGCGAGAAGGUGCCAGAUCUUACGGUGGAUCAACCGGCAACACUCCAUCUCGCCCAAUCAACGGUCAACAUGAAUCUCCCGCCUCAAACUCCUCCAAGGUCUGCUGCUUUCCAUGGUCCCGGAAGGGAAGUAAGUAUUGAAGACAAUGUACAUAUUUAUCAACUUAAUUUUGAAAUUUUCUCUAUUCCAUUUUUCUUGGAUAUUUCCUUUUGAAUUUCUUUCCUUUUGUAACAAAAGGAGUGAUUUUUUUGGUUGACAUUGGAGCUGCCACUACCAAAAAAAAAUAAAAAAUUAAUUUGUUUCUCAAAUAUGGUAGUGUGUUUGUAUUGUGUAGUUUAUUUUUUGUUUGUAGAUUCUCAACGAAACAUUUGCGUAUGAAAAUAAGU